CUGGUCUCCGCCCCGCUCCAGCGCCGCCUCAGCUCUUGGCAUAGUAGUCUCAGUUCCUGAUCGAGCGGAGCUGGCUCCUGGCUGCAGAGCACCGCGGCAUGCCCCCCAGCAUCGGAGUGGCCGAGCCAGGACUGGAAAUACGCGUGCGACUGGAAGCCUAGCACUGCGCAGGCAACGGCUCAGCCAGGGACAGCCCGCAGGAGCAGGCCAGCUCUUCAGAGGACUCAUCCCUAUAUCUUCUCACUGAGCUCUGACUACUUCCUGGAGAAAACAUACAUGGAACAGACACUGGAGUGCUCUUGGAAAGAAGUCCCAUGGGGACUGUACCUGAGUCUCUGAGAGUGACGAAAGCCUCCAUAGUGACAACGUCUGGAAAGGAAGAGGGUCGAGGAGAGCUGCAGAGUAUCUCCCCACAACAAGUUGAGGCAGAGAAGAAUGCUAGUGGCGCUGGCAAUGCCCCUGCUGAACUUAGCAUUGGGCUCAGCACAGCUGCUGAGGCCCUGAUGCAAGCCUGUGUGCAUGAGACCAGACAGUCAGACAUGGCAUCUCCGGGUGUCCUCCAUGACGUGGAGCAAGUGUCACCCACACACAACACUCCUGCUGACUCCCAGCUGCAAGGAAGCAAGGAGCUGGCAGCAUCAGGCCCAAAUCCUUCAGCAGAAAAGGAACUUAUAUCUGUACACCAUGCCAUCCAAGGUGACCUGCCAAAUACCAGCAGCACCUGUGUGGUACCUGAAAACUCCUUGGGCAAAUCAAAGGCAAACUCAAACAGUGAGAAACCUGAGAAGUCAAGUUGUCCUACCAGGGUCACCUGUUGCAGCAGCAAAAAUCAAAUGCUCUGUGAUUUUCCAUCUCCAGAAAAUAGCCAGGGAAUUGUACAGGCUUCAGAUCCAGCAACGGCGGGUCACUCGUCCCCUUCUACAGACAGAUCUGGUGGGGAAGGGCAGAAAGUCAACAGCGACACCACAAUGGGGUCCAGUGAACCUCUACCAAGAAGAGGAUGCUCAGAGAACAAACAACCCUCUGCCACUGCCUUGGACAACACGGAUGAAGGAUCUGAAAAUCUUCCACCAUCCUCCCUCACCAGCAGAGAUUCCACCUGUUGUCCGGACAAAAAGAAAGUGGCGCCACUAGCGCAGCUUCCGGCAGCGUCAAGGUUCAAAGAAGCCAGUACAAUGACCUGCCAUGCUGAAAGGGAGGUUAAGGAGAUCCCAGGCAGGGCUUGGCAAGACGCCGAGGUGCAAGCAGUGGCAAGUGUGGAGAGCAGGUCUGUCUCUACUAGCCCCAGCAUCCUUCCGGCAUUCCUAAAGGAAAUCCCUGCUCCUGAGCAUGAGAAUGGGCAAGAGCAGCUACGUGUAGUUUGCCAUGGCAAAGGCAGUGGGGGCCACUUACUGGAACUCUCUAACAGCAUGGUAGACCCCCAAGAGCCAAGGCAGUGUCCCGGCAUUGUACCGCAGGUACACAUCCAGCCAGCUGCUGCCACUCCUGCAGCUUUCAAGGCAGAAUGCAAACCAGAGAAUCAACCAGGAGAAGCCUUUAAAUCCUCCCUGAUGGCCUCCAGUCAAAACCAGGAUGCAGAAGAAGAUGGGCGGUCUUCAGCAAGCAAAGAGGCAACUUCCGGGCAGCCUGCAGGAACUAAUCCUGGCUCCCAGAAAGAUAGCCCCACUGACCAAAUUUCCCUCCUGACUGGGAGUCAAGCUGGGAUAAAUCAUGGCUUGGGGAACUCUGAAGCCAGGUCAUCUGAAUUUGUAGUGAAAACUACAAAUGACCACAAAACACAGCCAGACCGCAAACCACCUGACUCCCGUGGAGGUGCCGGUAAAGAUGACCAGCUGGAGAGCUCGAACCCCACUGAUAAAAGAGGUGCAAAGGAUGGGAAGCCUGCUUCUCCUCUUAUUGUAGAAGAGCCCACACCUGGGACCAUCUGCUCCGUAGAUGCCAAAAUCCUACUGCUGAAUCCUAAAUCUCAAGAAAAUGAAGGUACAGGACCAGAGGCCAAUCUUGCACCCUCCCCAGGGAGGAAGAGCCAGCAGAACACCUUGGAAGAACACAGACAGACCAAGACCUCCACAAGCCUGAGCCUGCCAUCCGAUGGCACCGGUGACUCAAGCCCAGGCUCCGGCAAGAGGACCCCUUCUCGCUCAGUCAAGGCCAGCCCACGCAGGGCCAGCCGGGUCAGCGAGUUCCUGAAGGAGCUCAACGUGACCGCGGCUGCUGCCCAGGUGGGGCUCACACCAGGAGAAAAGAAGAAACAGAUGGGCUCAGACUCCAAGCUGCAUCUGAAACAGUCCAAGCGAGUCAGGGACGUCGUGUGGGACGACCAGGGCAUGACCUGGGAAGUGUAUGGUGCUUCCUUGGACCCAGAGUCCCUGGGAAUUGCCAUUCAGAACCAUUUACAAAGACAAAUUAGGGAAAAUGAGAAGCUAGUUAAAACACAAAGUGACCAGACUCGAAGAUCUAUCUCCUCAGAUUCUUCUUCAAAUAAGAAGCUCAAAGGGAGACAGCAGGGCGUUCUGCAGUCCAUGCUGCAAAACUUCCGGCGCCCCAACUGCUGUGUCCGCCCAGCGCCAUCUUCUGUGUUGGACUGAAAGGAAACAGCACCGCUGUAUGAGCUGUGGUAUUUCUUAUGUCUAUCCUUAUCAAUGCUUAAGAGUUUGGAUUUCUCUUUUGUUUGGGGUUUGUUGUCCUUGUUUUCGUUUCAGACUUAGCUAUUCCAAACUGUCUGGUCCUCCAUAAAUAAAAUGCCAUUUCGCAUGGAAAGAACACAAGCAGUGAAGCAAAGCUUGGAGGUGAAGAAAGAAGAAAUAAUCUGCACUGAGGUUUUCCUAAUACAUAAUUGUUUAUAAAAACACAUUUUCACUACAUGUGAGUCGUGUGGUACAUCCCCUCAGUCUAUCACAGGGUAGUACUUCCACUAAAAUACCCACUUUACAUUAAAACUAGCAAAAACCACUCUUAGCAACACUGUGAUGAGUUCUAGUCUUACUGAAGUAAGGAUGCUAGUACCACAAAAGUUAAGUAGUUCAUAAGAACCUUAAUAUGAAACACUGAAACAAAUUCAACUAAUCCCUGGGACAAAUAAGAUAAAAUGAAAGUAGUCAAAAGUAUAUAAUAAUGAAUAUGAAUUGUCUAUAAGCAUCUGAAGCUUUUUAUGUGAGCAAGUUCUAGUUAGAAAGGUUAGCUAUGCCUCCAAACAUGAGUACUGCCUGGACCAAACAUGAAUUUAAAUCUGUACAUUUUUCUACACUGAAAGCAAAAUGCAUCUCUCUGUCCUUCUGAGCAAAUUAAAAUGGUAUUUUCUUACUCUAGGGGAAGUAUCUGUGAUUGGAGCCAUGAAAUUAAGGAUAACAGUAAAUUCUGAAUUGUGAAUUUGUCCUCUGGUAACAGUUUCCGAUUCCUUAAAUGCACAACCUAGAUUCUUCCAUAUUUAUCACUUUUCAGAGACAUCCUUCAGAGAUCUUUGUGAAAUCGUAGCUUUGGGUGGCCAUGUUGUCUCACUGGUUUCUACAGCAGGAUAAACAUGGACCAUGGGAUCAUUGUUGGGGCCCUGAGCUGGGGUGAAACAGUAACUUGCACAUUGGGGUAGUAUGGAGAAGGAGCACAUUCAUUUUCUCUAGGCAGUGCUGAUCUGAAGGUUGCUGUUAACACAUGUGAAAGACAGAGCGGCAGUUAACUGCCUUUGCUGAAAUCACUCACCAGCAAGGAGGACCUGCCAUGUGGUUUCUGUUUCUUUUUUCUUCAGAGACUCAAAUAGCAAGGGUAUGGCCAAAUAUCUGCUUUGGCUUUUUUUUCAAUUUAUUUCUGUUUUGUAGAUCAUAAAUAUAAAAAUUAUACCUGAGCUCUAAAAACCAAAGCUGCAUUGCCUUUGAUGUCUAGGAGAGAACUUGACUGUGUAUAAGUAGGCCACGGUGACAGCACUCUCUGAGUCGGAGAAUGAUAAUUACGGUGUUAUACUUGGAGGCUUAUAAUGAAUUUUUAAUAAGGCACAUUUUCAGUUUCCUACUAAUUGGUCUCUGUUAAGAAUGCUUUAUAAAGUAGAAAUUACUGUCAAAUUGCUGAUCAAAUUGCUGUAUUAAUGAUUAGAGAUUUAGCAUAAAACUCUCCUUUAGUAUAAGUACCUUUGCUGGGACUUAAUCUAUCUCCCAUCUUCCACACACUGGGGCCUUCUGUCACAUGUCAGCACCCAUGCUGUGUAUACACAGAGUACCCCCGUGCAUAGCCAGGAGCAGCGCCCACAGAGCCCACUCCAGAUGGUGGGCCCUAGCAAGCCUUUACACUAAAGUGCUGCAGCAGGCUGCUCGUACAGAGAAGAAAGAAUUCUGAUCAGUAAUAAUGUUUGUGGGUUUAGAGUAAGCAUAAAAUGCCUAGAUAGUUAAUGAAGCAGAGGCCUGAGAGAGCUGUAGGUAUCUGUCCCAGAUUCAGUGAAUCAAAAGUCUUCAGUUGGGUGUUAUAGUUGUACCUCUCAAAUCGAAAACUAAAGAAAUGUUUGAUUACUAAGUUUGGUUUUCUUUGGUACUAGAACGAAAUUCUUCAUUUCUACAAGACUCUAGAAAGCAUCACAAAGUAGUACAAAGAGGUUUUGUCUUCGCUCCUUCUAGAAACAGCAGUGGGAAUGACUUACCAAAUGGAUACAUUAAGCUGGGAAGCUGCUCAGGUGUUUAUGUCACAGAACCUACCCGUAGACACACUCGUAGUAAAAUUGCAUUUGAAGUUUUUCUUUUCCAUUAGCCUACGACACAGCCCAGCAUUUGACCUUCAAGACAGCACUGGAACCCCUCACCUUCUUUAACCAGGGAGACACAUGGUGUCUUUCGUGGUACACUCACUCUCCAUCACUUGUUCUUCUUGCUUUAUCUGUGUGACACACACUGGCUUGAAAGUUAUUUGCGUCUCUCAUUAUUUUGUAGCAUGCCAUUUAGACCUUCCCAACACAUAUUAGAUUUUAAAUAUAUAAUGUAAAUGCUUUAUUAAAGAAAUAGAAAAGAUUUCUUGUUAUCAGUCGCAAAGGAAGUGAGAACUCAGGAUCUAGAAGUUCCUUCAGCAUUUACAAUGUAAAGAUGCUAUACCACUUACGAAGAAAAUACUAGAAUUCUUAAACUGUAAUUAUUCUGUUUCUGUGACCAUGAGACAAACACCCCAGCUUCCACUAUUUGUUUAUCGUGAAUGAUUUUAUAACAAUAUCUUUUUGGAUUCAUGGUUUUUGAUGCCAGGGCCACCUAUGUAAAAUACAGUAAAACCCUGAUCAACCCAUCAUUUUGAAUCAAUGACAUAAGAUAAAUAUUUUUUUAUAUCAAAGUUAACACAAAACCUGUGUGUAUGUAUGUAUGUUCAAAAUGAAAUAGUUGUAAAACGGAUUCCUAUGUUUUCCUACUUUGAUCAGUUCAGCUAUCCAGACUGUAAUUUGAUUUUUGAUAAUUUUUUUAUUCUUAGAAAUCGUCCAACACAUUAUUUUGGAUAUCUCUAUUCCUGGUGUUAUAGAUUAAAUAUAAAGCUGAAGUAAGUUGGACUGAAUGUGUAUGUAAAGCCUCUACUCAGAGGCUGGACUUUGUAACCAAAUCCUUAGCAGAAGCUUGCUAUCUUUUUUUUUUUUUUUUUUUUUU